UGACAAUAUUUGCGCAAUAUGCGUAUCGCAAUAAUCAUCACCUGCUGAUGUAAUUGGCGCCGUACCGCCCAUUUUUUCUAUCUCCUUUUCGCGUCUGGCAAUUCAGCAACGGGCAUUGUCAUCCCUGUCUGCCGAGGAAAAUGCGUACGAUCUAUUCACGUACGUGCCAGAAAUCGCGCCGGUCUCUGCAAAUCGUCACUGUUAUCUAACGUCAGCGGCCGUAGGUGGGGCGCGAUAAAACAGUGCAGUGAUGUGAUCAACGUUGCACCGGUUGCGACGUCGUACGUUGAAGUCUCUGGUCCGUUGCGAACGGAGCAAAGUUUAAAUCGCCACUUCGAGCUCGUCACGCCUUCCAAGCGGAGUUGGCGCGAAGAUACACUCUUGAGAAUGGUUACGUCAGCCCACCGAAUUUCGCCGAUUCAUGCUUCACGCGUGCACGUGCUGACAUCAAUUAAUAGGUGCUCGGGCGCAAGACUUCAACUCUAGGUCUCUUCGUGUUACCUGCACUUUCCGUACUUUUCGCGCUGAGAAUAAGACAGACACAUGUUCGGACGCUGAAAAAAGCAAGAGGAGAUCGAUUGCGAAAAUUGCGAGCACCACGAACAAACCAAUCUGCCUGUGAGCACGGUGCAUUCCUGGGGGAUCUCGCGGGAAUUUUCAACGAUCAGCAUUUCGAAGAUAAGCCACAACAUGAAGUUCCUGGCAGCCUGGCUGCUGACCAUCUUACUGGUGGUUCUUGCCACCAGGACUGAUGGCACGACUGCUACUACCUCGGAAGCAACCGGAACGCCUUCUUCAUACAAUGGAACAACCACAGCAAACGUUCGUAACACUGCUCGCCAGGGACUAAAUACAACGAUAGCCAGCGGACACACUCAGGCAACAACGGAGAACAAAUUCAUGGAUUAUCCUAGACCCUUCACCAACGUUAAGGACAUACUGAUGCAGGAGAUCCGCGUCUUGGACAAAGAUACUUCAGUCGAAUCAGAUUCUUCAGAUUCUUCCGAUUCUUCAGAUGCUUCAGAUGCUUUAGAUGCUUCAGAUGACAAGAUCCAGGAAGAGGUAGCGGAGACAUUCAAGGCUGAGGCGCAAAGAGACCGUGCGGACUUAAAUGUAAAAACGACCGUGAAGUCAAGCCAGCCGACGACGGAUAAGCCGAACGUUGUAAUAGAAACUGAGAAGCUAAUAGAAACUGUGAAAUUAAAGAAAUUCGACGACAUGCCCUACGAGGAUGACCUCGACGAGUAUGCCGACAUAGACGGUGAUGUGGACGACGAGGGUGAAGGGGACGCGAUAGAUGACGAAGAGGAGGUCAUGAUGGAGUGUCCCGAUCAUUGCAAAUGCGCCGGUCAAUAUGCCGCUGCAAUGACCGCAACAUGCACCAAGCUGGUGGAAGAUCAAACCUUCAUGCCAGGUAUCGCUCAUUUGCGAAUCGAGAAUGCCGGAGAGAUCCGGCUUGGGCCGAACGCGCUACGGGCACGCGGUCUUCAGCAAUUGGAAUCUAUCACCAUCGUCGACACACGCAUAGUCGACUUGGAUCGCACGGCCUUCAGCGGCAUCACGUACUUGUUCGCCGUGAACCUGACGCGCAAUGGUCUUCACGACAUCCAUCCGAACACUUUCCAGAACAACACGCAACUCAGCCUGCUCACGAUCGCCGAUAACCCGCUCAAGCACACACAAGACACGAAAGGAAUGAAGCAUUAUUUGCUGAACGCGCCCUCCGUCACCGAUUUCGACUUCUCGGACAACAGCCUGCUGCGGCUGAAACGCACUGCGUUCUCGAAAAUGCAAAGCAUCAAUUACAUCAGUCUCCGUGGCAACUGGCUGAGGGAGAUCGAGCCCGCGACCUUCGACCUGUUGAAGUCACUCGUAGAAGUCGACCUCUCGGAUAAUUUACUAGACGACCUCCCGUCCAAUCUCUUCGAUGGCACAAUGGUGGAGACUCUUCGUAUCUCCGGAAACAAUCUGUCGACGUUAGCCAUGAUAAGUGCCUCGAAAUUGACGUCGCUCGAUGCCUCGAAAAAUAGAAUCAGGACGAUCGCUAAGGAGGAUUUGGACGGCGUACCGGAGUUGGAUCAAUUGUUCAUCAUGUCGAACAAUUUAAAGAGGAUCCACCCGCAUGCUUUCAGCCACCUCGAUCAAUUAUCGCACGUCGAUAUCAGCGAUAAUAAUAUCUCCUCGCUGACAGAGCAUCAUUUCAGAACUAAUCAAAGACUGCAAGUCCUGCUGAUGAACGACAAUCCCGUUUUACAAGUUUUGCCAGUUUUCAGAACCUCCGGCUUGAUAUACAAUACGUUCAGCAUUUUCCGCUUCGAGUGCGCGAAUUGCGGUCUGAAGAACAUUCAACCAGGAACAUUCGACGAAAUGCCAGCACUGAAUCGGCUGAAUUUGGCGCGGAAUCAACUGACAGGUUUGCCCAGCGGACUCCUGAAGGAACUUUCGUCUCUUCGAGAGCUGGACCUUUCCGACAAUAUGAUCUCGAUUAUCCAACCCGACAUGUUCAAAGGUGCUACAAGCCUGAGCAAGCUCAAUCUCGCUGGCAAUCCGUUGAGAACAUUACAAGUAACGCCUUUCCUGAAGACCCCGAUGCUCUUUAAGCUGGAUGUGAGUCGAUGCAGUCUCGAACGAGUGUGGAGCGAAGCCAGGGUGCCAUUGAGGACUCUUCGAUUCCUGUCGGUUCGCGACAACCUUCUACGACGAUUUACCGUGGAGGAGCUCAAAGCUACGCCGAAACUCACUGGUCUCGAUUUGUCGCACAAUCCUAUGGAUUGUGACGAUGAAUUCAACGAAGCUAUUCAAUGGCUCACCGAUCGCGGUAUCAGUCCGACGGAAUUAACCAGGUACUACAAUGACUUCGCCACUAAAAAAGACGAUUCAUCGGGCAUCAGUGAGUGGACAGAUCUGGCGAAGACAGUUUGCGAUGGAAUAGAGGACGGCCCACCUCCCAGACAGUUCCCUGGCAAGAGCGAGCAGUUUGAUGUUCUGCUGAAUAUUGAUCAUGAAGACACCGAGACAUCUCUAUUGAGACAUGAGCUCGACCAAGCUGAGAAGCUCUUGAAGCUGGACAUGGAACAUGGCAUGCGACAGGCCGAGGAUCCUCGACUGCUGGAAGAUCAGACGUACGAUGAAGAGUUCAUUCCUACAGAAUAUCACACCAAGCGCAGCAACGGUGGUUUAUGGAUGGCCCUCACGAUCAUUCUCCUCACUUUGGCCGUCCUGAUGUUGGCAGCGCACGUCGCUUUUUGCUUGGCGAAGAGGCGAGGACGAUCUCCUGUCCUGAGGCCGCCUAUGAUCCUUCGCCAGGGUCUGGUCGACAACAAGAAUUGCGGUUUGGUAUACAAACCUCUGCAGGAAGAAAUAGCGACGCCGCACAUGCCGAAACGCGGCAGCUUCUAUUCGAGCAGCACUUUCCAUUACGACAAAAUCGUGCCAGAGAGUGUAUAGAACCUCGAUUAAUUAAUUAAUUGUAGCAGGUGACCGAUGAUUGGUCGUGACACGAGUCACUGGAGACUUCUCGUGACUUUUGCAAAUUGAGAGAAAUUCGUUAGACUGCUAGUGAAUGAAUUACAAGGCCAAUUGGUCAUUUUGAGAAGAUGUGUAUUACUGUUUUCAAUUAAAACGAUUAAGCAGCCUCUUUUUUAUUAGAUCACGAUAUACUGAUCUUAUCAACAAAUAUUUUUUCAUUCUUUAUAUAGAAAAGAUAUCAAAGAUAUCAAAAGAGAAAUGAAUAAGAACAUUAAAAUAAUUAUAAGCAUUUAAUUCGAGCUCGUAGAAACGCAUGUAAAUCGUCAGAGAGAAUGUGCGUGUCUCUUGAUUUUUAAGACUUUCGUUUUCGAAAGAUCUACACAAGCAAUGCGAUUAAUAUAUGUUUAUUUUUAUUAUUAACAUAAAUUUUCAUAAUAUAACAAUAAAAUACUAGCAUGUGUUAUAAAAAUAGAUUUCCGAUAAAUUUGAACCAAGUACUUAUUGUUAAUCAACUUGAAGCUUAUCGCUACGAAUAAGCAGCAGGUGAUAAAUUUCGAGGCGUAAAGUAAGGAAAAGCAGUACUGUGUCCGGAGUUAAAUUUAAUCGAAUAAAGAGAUCAAUUUAAGCAAACUUACGAUAAUAUUAAUAUCGUGGAAAUUGGGCAAAACCAUGUUAGUAGAUAACCGGUGAUGGAGAAAUGAGAGAAUCACGUAUGAUAGAUGUGAAAUUUCCAACGGAGACUGGUUUGUUAGUACGCUAUCUCUGAUAUAGUAAUAUAUGUAAACAGUACAAGUAAGUCAAUAGUUUUUAAUUACGGUGACAACCUCACUCGACGAAAAUACGAAAAACUUAUGUUAGAAACUAACAUAUUCUAAAAUAAAAAUGUUGCGUUUC